UGAUAUGAGGUGACUGACCCAAAUAGAAAAGUUACAUGAACAAAAGAUGUUAGCAGUUUCCAAAGGGUUAUAGUUUGAUAAAUAUCUUAAAAAAAAAACAAUUUUAAUUGUCAAAUUGAAAGAUAUUCAAUUCCUUAAAUAAGCAUAUUUAACAAGCAAAGAUCAAUCGAGUUUAAAAGAUAACCUGUACCUGCCCGGUCCAGUGACAACUUGGCCCACUCUGGUCUUCCAAGAUAUCUCUCCUGGACGAGAUAUCCGCGUUAGUGAUGAAAACUCGCGGAAUAUUCGAUAAAGUAUAACAUGGUAACAGUAAGUUAAUUAUAUUUUCUUAUCUGAUUUAUCAGCAGGACCAAUAUUUAAUAUAUUAUUAAUAAAAACUGGUCUAACAAGAUUACAAUAUUUUAUAUAUUAUUAAUUAUUAAUAACCAAUAAGGUUUGAGUUGUGUUCUCUAGUUUUUGCAGUUGGUGUUUUUCCAGGAGAAGUUCAUUUGGUAAUCAUCUCGCGGUGGUGGUCUCUGCCGUUCUCUUUGGUUGCCUUCGGUGGGGUGCUGAGUGCGAUUGUUUUGAUUUCCGGAGAUUCGAGUAGAAGAUCUCUUCUGGUGUGGCGUGACGCAUUACAUCUGUAGCAAUUUUCGGAUCAGCAUUACACUUUCAUGGAUUCAGAGCCUUCUCCGCAAGUCAAAAGGAAGCAUAAAUUUGCACCAAGAGCACCACCCCGUCUUGUUCCAAAGAAAGAAGUUAAAACUGAAGUUAUUGAGGAUGCUGCGGCUGAUGCGAACCAGGCUAAGGAUCUGCUGCGGCGUUUCAAUGAGAGUGCUAUGAAGGCAAGGAACAAGGUUGAGAAAAAAGUGUCAGCUUCACAAAUUGCUUUUGGUUAUGGUGGUGAAUCAACUUCUUUGAAAUCAUAUGGUAUUGGCAGGGGUGGGAGAAGUGUCAACAUCAAUCAGAAUUCAGCAUCUAAUGUGGUGGCCGAGAAAGAAUACACAGAACCAUGGGACUAUUACAGUAAUUAUCCAGAAACUCUUCCUUUGAGGAGGCCAUAUUCUGGAAAUCCAGAGCUUCUUGAUGAAGAGGAAUUUGGGGAGGCUGCAGAGUCCAGAACAUACAAUGAAGAUGCAUCAAAUUCAGCAAUCGAGUUAGGCCUUUUGGAGGAAAACCUAGAGGCAAAUAUGUUCCUGAUUAAAUUGCCUUCAAAGUUGCCUAUGGUUAUACAAUCAACUACUGAUGGAGGCAAAGAUGUUAAUGCGAAGUCUAAACCUCCUGGGGGUUCAAAAAAAGUGGAGAAGCUUUAUGAGUUGAAAGACUUACCAUCUGGCUUCAUGGGUAAAAUGCUGGUAUACAAAACUGGUAAAAUCAAACUCAAGCUUGGCAAUACCCUUUAUGAUGUUUCUUCAGAACCUAGGUCUGCAGCAGUCAACCCUUCUGCUAGGGUUUGUUCACUGUUACGUUGAGCUAAGGGAGAUUGCUACUUCACCCCUAUAGUUUGUCCUUAGAGCUGUUGUACCCGUGGUUGUGCCGCCAGGAUCUCUACUAAGCUUUUUCAGAUGGACGAGGUUCUCGUGGUCAGCAAGGAAAUGGCGAUUCCGCUAGUUAGCCAUCUGGGCUUGAUUCUAUUUUUCGUUAUGGUCCUUUAGGGCUAUGGCCCAUAUAUUGUUUCAUGCUUUAAUACUCUACUCUCAUUGUUAGACUUGUAUCUGGUUUCCCGUUGGCAUCGUGGUGUGCCCAGGUUGUAGGAGUUGUGUUAAGGAUCCCAGGACUAUGCUACAGUACUAUCUUUGUGUGACGUUUCCUUUAAUUUUGCUUA